CUAACUUCUCUUUUUAAUAUCAGAAUUUGGAGUGACGUCAAUUGUAUUGAUAUUUUCUUAAAUAAGUGCUUUUUAAACUACAAAACUUCUCGAUGAUUUUUCCUUAGGAUUGUAGAAUAGCUCCGAGAUCAGCACAAUGAUUGGAGGACUUUUCGUCUACAAUCACAAAGGUGAGGUGCUGAUUUCACGAGUAUAUAGAGAUGACAUUGGUAGAAAUGCUGUUGACGCAUUUCGAGUUAAUGUCAUCCACGCCCGCCAGCAAGUACGAUCCCCUGUUACCAACAUAGCAAGAACAUCAUUCUUUCACAUAAAAAGGGCCAAUAUUUGGAUUGCUGCUGUAACCAAGCAAAAUGUCAACGCAGCAAUGGUAUUUGAAUUUCUCCUCAAAAUCAUUGAAGUAAUGCAGUCUUACUUUGGAAAAAUAUCAGAGGAGAAUAUCAAGAAUAAUUUUGUUCUAAUUUAUGAAUUGCUUGAUGAAAUUUUGGAUUUCGGCUAUCCUCAGAAUACUGAUACUGGAGUAUUAAAAACUUUUAUUACUCAGCAGGGGAUUAAAUCUGCAACAAAAGAAGAACAAGCGCAAAUUACAUCUCAAGUAACUGGUCAAAUAGGAUGGAGGCGGGAAGGUAUUAAAUACCGUCGUAAUGAAUUGUUUUUGGACGUGUUGGAGUAUGUAAAUCUGUUGAUGUCUCCUCAAGGUCAAGUGCUUUCUGCUCACGUUGCUGGGAAAGUUGUGAUGAAAUCAUACCUUUCUGGUAUGCCAGAGUGCAAAUUUGGCAUAAAUGAUAAAAUUGUAAUGGAAGCCAAGGGCAAGGGAAGCUUGGGUACAGCUUCUGAUUCUGAUCCUGCUAGAUCUGGUAAACCGGUUGUUGUUAUCGAUGACUGCCAAUUUCAUCAAUGCGUAAAAUUAAGCAAAUUUGAAACUGAACAUUCCAUUAGCUUUAUACCACCUGAUGGAGAAUUUGAACUCAUGAGAUAUCGCACCACAAAGGACAUAUCACUGCCAUUUAGAGUGAUUCCAUUAGUACGUGAGGUGGGACGUACCAAGAUGGAAGUAAAGGUUGUCCUAAAGAGUAACUUCAAACCAUCACUGCUCGGUCAAAAAAUCGAAGUUAAAAUCCCAACUCCAUUAAAUACCUCAGGUGUUCAGUUGAUCUGCUUAAAAGGAAAAGCAAAAUACAAGGCAUCCGAAAACGCAAUUGUUUGGAAAAUAAAAAGGAUGGCCGGUAUGAAAGAGACGCAACUCUCUGCCGAAAUAGAGUUGCUUGAAACUGAUACUAAGAAGAAAUGGACUCGUCCACCAAUAUCAAUGAACUUUGAGGUACCAUUCGCUCCCUCAGGAUUCAAGGUUCGCUACCUGAAAGUGUUCGAACCAAAACUAAAUUACUCCGACCACGAUGUUAUUAAAUGGGUACGUUAUAUCGGAAGAAGUGGGCUUUAUGAAACAAGAUGUUAGAUGAAUAUGGAUAGUGUUAUUGGAUUGAUAUUAUCCCUUCAAGGAUUCAAGGAUGUUUUAUGGAUGAUUUAUUAAAA